AUGAUUAUACCAAUAUCGAAUAAUGAUAAACAACUAGAUAUAUAUGUAUAUUGUACAUUACAUAAUAACGCUAAAUAUGAUUUUACUGUCCCACAACCAUCAGAAUCCUAUACAGCAUAUAUAUUAGAAAAUUAUAUAGAUAAGAAUAACAGUGGCUAUGAGUUCAGAAAGAAGGACUUUUCACUUCGAAAUGCAUCUGCUAAUUUAUUAUUGAUAUUAAAAAAAUAUAUGCUCUAUUAUUCACAUCAAUGGGAAAAAACAGCAAAAGAUUAUUAUCAACUCUUAGCAGUAGCUACACCUCUUACUGAUCAAGAUAAAAUUUUGUGUGAUCUAUUUAUUCGAUAUAAUGAAAAAAUACAUAGACCACGAUAG